GCGAGCAGACGUCGUUUGGGCACCGCAUAUCCCGCCUUCGUGCCAUUGCCCGAUUGGAAACAAGCGGACUUGCAGCGUUCACAUGCUGUGUGGGAGUGGAUCGAAAGGGGUCAGGACCACGUUUUGGUUGGUGGCGGCAACUUCUUGAUGCGUUGUCGCCUGUGCGAUGUUUCCCGGUUCCAGAUCCAGGGCAGUUGAGCACUCCACUAAACAAAAGGCACACUGCCCGUGGCGGACUGGAGAGAUCUUGUGGCGAUUGCAGCGAGCAGGAGUUAUGCUCAGGGACCCGCUUUCACAAAGAUUGGCCGCGGAGCAUGCUGAUGCCUUGGAGGGGACGCUGGCUAUGGAUGACAUGCGCGGAGGUGAGGGUGCUGUCGAGCCGGAUGAACCCGCGAGAGAUACAGAAGUCCUUGCCACUGAGCAGGGCAGAGGUGCGGACAGCGUGGAUCGUGCAAAGGAGCUGCCUGUACAGAGACGUGAUGCAGAUGAUGGACGCGCCCGAUUGGAGUCACUUGUCGGUAUGGCGGGUGGGGGCGAUGGAGGGGGCGGCAGAGCAACUCUUGGCACGCAGGUUGCAUCCGCACAUGUGGGGUUGAGAGCGAGACAGAGGACCUUGGAUCCUUUCCUAGGGAACAAGGUGCAGAAAGAUCUGGACCGUCUCUUGGCACUUGCUGAGAUUGUGGCAGAUAGGUGCGCGAUGAUGCGUCAGCCUGCCCAUGCCGCGACUUAUUUGCUGGAUCCUCGUAGGCGCGACGUGUCGCUGUUGAGGGACCGGUCGGCCCCUGUUGUGCAGAGCGCACUUGACCACUUCGCUCGCACUUUGGGCGGGGACUGGGGGGCAGAGGAGAUGCAUAACCUCUGGGAGGCUUUAUGGACUUUCCAUUCAGACGAUCCGCAAUACUGGCCGGAGCAUGGACCUCACUGGUGGGACCAGUACGCCACUCGGGAUGCAGCAUCGAGGACCAUGCACCCAGCGUUGUGGUGGGACCUUCACGGCGGCCGUUUCCCAAGGUUGCAGGCCAUCGCGAAGAAGGUGCUUGGCAUGUGGUCGACAACAACUCCUUGCGAGCGCAACUGGGCGACUCACGACUUCAUUCACACAAAGAGGCGCAACAACCUCUCCGCUAAGAGUGUUGAGAAACUCGUGUUCAUUCAUUGGAACAUGCAGCUUCUCAGUGCUAGCAGGCGGCCGGAGAGUCGUUAUAUCGACGUGUGGGCGAAUAUGGCAGAGGACCCCCCAGAGGAGAUCGACGAUACAGAUGUGAUCCCCCCAGAUGUGGGCGAGGAUGACUGGGAACUGCAGGAUCAGGUUAAUCGUCGCAAGGACGGCCGUAAUCGGAUCACGUCUUUAUCGGCAGACGAUCGUUUGGCAGAUACAAUGCCCCCAUGGCAGGAUGCGGUGUGGAUGCACCGCGAGAUGAUGGAGCAGGCGCAGGCAGAUCGGGGCAGAGGGAAGGUGGUUGCAGAAAACCAGCAGGAUAUUUUCGACAAGUGGACGACAUUGGACCCUCACACAGACCUCGACUCGUACAUUGAUGGCAGUUUCCAAGCAGUGAGGACCCUCCGGAGCAGGGUGGGAGGCCACGUCGAUGUCGAUGGCCUAUUGGCGACAGACGAUGCGGAGGGGGCAGACGAGGACAUCAAGCGCCACCAAGACGACAUCCCUGCCUCGACCUUACAGCCACUGGUGGCAGAGACAGGGUCAUCAGGCGCCACAACAUCACAAUGCGGCAAUCAGCCCUCGUCCUCCCGUAUUGCAGGCCCGACCGUCGCCGACUCCAAAGGUCUGGAGCCACAUGAUUCUGCCACAUCAGGCAGUGGAGCACAGGGCACAGCACAGGGAGGGGUGCAGCAGGUGGGAGAGCAGUUCUCAGAGCGUUCGGGGAUCAGACAGAGUGUCGUGCAGACGGUGGAUCGGAGGGCGGACGUGGUUGCAGAGGAAUUGAUGGGGCACAGGGCUGAUCAGAGGGUGGGUGACAACACAGACCGUAUGGCGGUGCAGACUGCAGUACAGCGGGUGGGGGGAGGUUUGGCCACGACAGUGGAACAGAGGGCGGUCCAAAGGGUACAUCCAUGUGCUCCCCUUGCUGCAGAUCAUAGGGUGGAGCAGAGGGUGGAGCAGAGGGUGGAGCAGAGGGUGGAAGUUAGGGUGGAUGUGAGUGUGGAGCAGCAAGUGGAUGAGGGGCGAUCAGACAUUGUACGCGAGAGAGUGAGUGACAAGAUUGACGAGAGUGUCGUUCGAGAUGAGGGCGUUGUGAUGGCGGAGGACAGGACGAAGGACAGGACGGAGGACAGGAGGGAGGAGACGGGUAGGGUUCCCCCGCAGGAGAGCCGUGCUCGAGACAUCACACUCACUAAGGGUUCAUUCUACGGGAUUCCUUCGCUGCCCCCACGUGCCGCACAAUCCUCGCAGGGGGUGGAUCUUGGUGUACAUUGCAUGUCGCCAGCACAUCGCAUGGCAGCUCAGGAGCAAGCAUCUGGAGGAGGUGGGGGAGCUCUCGACAGCGUCUCCAGUAAGGCGAUGCAGGGCGGGGGACGCAACUUGUUAAUGGCAAGUCGCGCACCCUUGACCAGUGUAGCAGGCAUACCGCCAUUGCCAUCACCUACAGACAUCCACUCACCCCACACUUCCAUGCCCAUUGAGCGCUCUACUCUACCCACGUCACUACGGCCAUCAUCAUCUAGGACUGCUACCAUGCCCGACCGCAGUCCGCUGGGCAUGCCCCCACUUCCGGCACAACAGUCUUUGGCUAUCUGCGAUAAUGUGAAGACGAGUUGUGCUGGCAGGAAGAAGAGACAAAGGGAGGAUGAUGUAGGCGGGGAGCCACCUCCUACACGUCGAGGUCGUGGCCGGCCUCGUGACUCAGGCGAAGGCCGAGGCAAGCAACACCAGUCAUGGGCACUGAGUGCACUAGGCCACGGCAGGUCAGAGACUGGCGAUGUUGCGGAGGGGAUUGUUGCAGGAGUUGGUGUUCUUGCAGGUGUCCGUACAAGAUCUCGAGCAGGCAGUAGAGAGAUGCAGAAAACCUCUACUCGCGUGCUGGACGAUGAUCCUGAUGAGAAUGAUGAUGGCAACACCUCAUAUGAGAUGUCCGGCAACGACUAUGAGGAGGAGACACGUAUGAGGGGUGAGGAUGAGGCAGGAGAUGACGACAACUCCGAUGGCACCGGCGACAUGGCGGACUAGUGGGAUGUACUGUGGUAGUGCCCGUCCAUCUGCGUCCAUUUGUCUUUGGGGGGUGGGGGGCGGUGGAGUAUGGGGGACGUGUUCGGAGUCAGGUGGUUGCAAAGUGCGUUUGUGUGAGUGGCUGUGGAUCGUUGGUUGCUGCCAUGGCAGCACAGAGAGAGAGAGAGAGAGAGAGAGAGAGAGAGAGAGAGAGAGAGAGAGAGAGAGAGAGAGAGAGAGAGAGAGAGAGAGAGACAGAGAGAUUCAGUUCGUUGUUGAUGUUCACAGUUGAACUAUAUAUGCUGCAUUGGUCGUGCUUCUCUCUCAUUUGUUUGUCGUGCUUGAAAUCGCAACAGCAAUGUGCAACC